ACCCGCGCUUCCCGCCAGCACCGUGCAGAACGCAUGGAGUCUACGGUGGAGCCGGCGUCCGGGCCCGGAAGCUCGGAGACUUCCGAGCGCCGCGGGCUGCGCAGCUUGCAGCUGUCCAACGUCCGAGAGGAGCUGCGGGCGCUGCUGGUCCUGGCGGGGCCCGCGUUCUUGGCCCAGCUGAUGAUGUUCCUGAUCAGUUUCAUAAGCUCAGUGUUCUGCGGGCAUCUGGGCAAGCUAGAGCUGGAUGCAGUCACUCUGGCAAUUGCAAUCAUCAAUGUUACUGGCAUUUCAGUGGGACAUGGCUUAUCUUCUGCUUGUGACACUCUCAUCUCUCAGACAUAUGGCAGCCAGAACUUGAAGCACGUGGGGGUCAUCCUGCAGAAGGGCAUGCUCAUCCUUCUCCUCUGCUGCUUUCCCUGCUGGGCGCUCUUCGUCAACACCCAGCACAUCCUGCUGCUCUUCAGGCAGGACCCGUCUGUGUCCAAGCUCACGCAGACCUAUGUCAUGAUCUUCAUUCCAGCACUUCCUGCAUCCUUCCUUUAUACAUUACAAGUUAAAUACUUGCUCAACCAGCUCUUUCUGCAGGCCCCUGCUUUCCCCAGUAGUGAUGCAAAAAUUCAAAUUGUCAUGGGGCCUCAAGUCAGUCAGGAUUCUUCAUGUGGGGCUAACAGCAAUGGUCAGAGGCCUUGCGAUGGUGAUUCCGAGUUGGGAAUCGUUCUGCCCCAGAUCGUGACUGGAUUUGCAGCCAACCUUGUCAAUGCCCUGGCCAACUAUCUGUUCCUUUAUCAGCUGAAUCUGGGGGUGAUGGGUUCUGCACUGGCCAAUACAAUCGCCCAGUUUACUCUGGCUCUCCUCCUCUUUCUCUACAUCCUCUGGAGAAAACUACAUCAAGCUACUUGGGGAGGGUGGUCCAUUGAGUGCCUGCAGGACUGGGCCUCCUUUCUGCACCUGGCCAUCCCCAGCAUGUUGAUGCUCUGUAUUGAGUGGUGGGCCUAUGAGAUCGGCAGCUUCCUGAGUGGGAUUCUGGGCAUGGUAGAGCUGGGAGCCCAGUCCAUUGUGUAUGAACUGGCUGUCAUCGUGUACAUGAUCCCUAUUGGCAUCAGCGUAGCUGCCAGUGUCCGGGUAGGAAAUGCACUGGGUGCCGGAAACAUAGAGCAAGCAAAGAAGUCCUCAGUGGUUGCUCUGCUGGUCACAGUGCUUUUUGCUGUAGCCUUUUGUGUCCUGAUGUUAAGCUGUAAGGACUUUGUGGGCUACAUUUUCACUACUGACCGAGACAUCGUGGCUCUGGUGGCUCAGGUGGUCCCCAUAUAUGCAGUGUCCCACCUCUUUGAAAGUCUUGCUUGUACGAGCGGUGGCAUUCUGAGGGGCACUGGAAACCAGAAGGUUGGAGCCAUCGUUAAUGCCAUAGGGUAUUACGUGAUUGGCCUCCCUAUCGGGAUUGCGCUGAUGUUUGCCACCAAUCUUGGAGUGCUCGGUCUGUGGUUGGGGAUCAUCAUCUGCACUGUUUUGCAGGCUAUGUGUUUUCUAGCCUUCAUUUCUCACCUCAAUUGGAAACAGGCUUGCCAACAGGCUCAGGUACAUGCCAAUUUGAAGGUAAAUGUGGCUCUGAAUGGGAAUUCUGCUGUCUCUCAUGAUCCAGUUCAUUCAGAGGGUACUGAAAGCCAUGAAGAAAUUGUAAUGAGAGAUAUUGAAAAAAGGGACAAGGCUCAAUUGAACCAACGGAUGCACCAACAGCAACCUUUGCCUGAGCAUCCAGCAGACAGCAAUACAUUGUCUGGAAAACAGUUGGUGUUCCGUCGAGGGCUUGUGCUCUUGGGGGUUGUUUUAGUCUUGGUGGCAGGGAUUUUAGUAAGAGUAUAUGUAAGAAUCCAGUGAUAUGGCAGGAGAAAGAGAAUCAGGUCACAUGACACAGGUGCUUCCAGACUUAGGAUGUAAUUACUUUUGGACAAGCCCAUUGUAACUUGAAAGUAAGUCAGGCUUAGGGGUGCAGCUCAAUGGUAGAGCUUAGCAUGCACUAGGUUUAAUUCCUAGCAUGAACACACACACACACACACACACAAACACAAACACACACACACGCACACAAGAAAUAGAAAAGAAGAAAGAAAAGAAGGAAGAAAGGAGGAAAAAGGAAAGAGAAACCUUAAGUCCAUAAUGCUUUUAACAUAUACAUCUAUCUACAAAACAUCAAAGUUUGUAACAACACACUGUAGAACAUUGCUUACCUUCAUGACUUGCAGGGCUGACAGAAAGCUGCCACUUACUGUGGCUGUCUUCUCUUUCAAGAGAGGAUGGUAUUACAUAGCACUGGCUUGGGGAAAAGCUCUAAAUUCAGAUUUCAAAGUAGCUUCUACUGAAUUCAGUGUAAAGUUGAACUGAUGGAAAUUGGCUCCUCCUUAAGGCACAGGCCCAGAAGUGGCAGUUUUAAGGUAUGGACAUAAUUUAGCUGUGCCUAUAGGUUUUUAGAAUUGAGAAUUCAAAGGCAUACACACACAGACACAGACACACACACACACACACACACACUACCACUUCAGCUACACCUCCACUUCUGG